UCCUUGCCAGCUCCGAGUCAUACGCAGCGAGUUCAGACCGGCUCCUCCGAGGUAUUUCCCCGUCGAUAUCCUGAAAUCACCCGAUUAACCUUCAUCAUGAAGCUCCUUCUGGUUCUACUGGCAGCGACAGUUGCCCUAGCGAGCAGCGCAGCAGUGAAGAAGAGUGAUGUUUCCAGCGUGUACCAGUUCGGCAAGUUCAUUUCGUGCUAUGGGGGUGCGGGUUUUUUCGAUGGGUUGGACUACAACGGCUAUGGUUGUUACUGCGGCUACGGAGGCAAAGGAACACCGUUGGAUGACACCGACAGAUGCUGUCAAGUACACGAUAACUGUUACGGCAAAGCUACCGCGGAGGCCGACUGCGGUUCUUGGGACCCCUACGUCAUAAUUUACGACUAUGAACAAACCACUGAUGCGUCUGGAAACUGUGUCAUCAAAUGCAAGAAAGCGGCCGACUAUUCUUGGUAUUCUACCAAUCCCGAAUGCAGAGAGUUCAUGUGCGAAUGUGACCGCGCGGGGGCGCAGUGCUUCGCUGAAAAGCGCCCAACGUACAACCAAGCUUACGAGUCAUAUGACAAAGAUAGCUGCUAAAUGGGUACGGCACAUAUUUCCGACACAGUCGACUAGACGUGGUCUAAACAUAACGCAGUUGGAGAUAUCUUCUUAAGUGGCUUGAUCCAAAUUGGUAAUUCAAUCUUUAUUAACAAGAAACAAAUUGUUCUAGAAAGUUUUGCAGACAGCACGCCUGAAUAAAUUAUCCCCUAUAUUGCUGAUCCCGAUAAAAUACUGAUUUUUAUAAAAUGAUCACCAAAAAAGUCUUAGUUAACACAACAUUUGCAUCUUAAUUUUCUUUAAAGGCAAAGCUCGCAUCUAUUAAGCACAUAUUUUCAUGAUACGGUAUGAAAACUAGCCUCGACUAGCAUGAUAAUGUUGUAUUUGCAGCACAUGUACACAGAUUGCUGCCACAUCAAUAAUCCUUCAUUUGGAGAAGAUAUUAAUCGAAACAAAAGUAAGGUUCUUCUACAUUGAUGCUCAUGCUUUUUUUGUGAAUUGUACCAAAUAAA